UAUGUAUAUGUUUGUGUUUACAUGAUCCAUAUAAGUGGAACAAAAGAUUUCAUAGAUACAUAUUUACAGUUAUUAAUUUACAAUAUAUAAGUAUGUUUAUUUUUUGUUUUUAUUGGCUUGUUGCAUCCCAGAAUUUCCGCAUAACUUAAAUUAAUUUCCAAAAAUUAUAAAAAUACCUUCAGUGAGGACCAAUCGAGCCUUUUAUUAAAAUAAUACCUACCAGUGUUGCAAUUAGAAUUACGUUCAAGUGAAACGUCACUUUGGUUACUAUUAAUAACGAAAAAUUUACCUUGCUGAUCAAGGUUACAUGUCAAAAAAUUUAAUGGUUACAUAAAAGAAAAUGGAAUACAACGAAGUAGAGGGUCAAGUCGAGCUGGUGGAGGCCGUGGAGCGGGUCCCGACCAUCGGGAACGAGGUUGUCAUCGACAACAACCAGCAAUGGCAGCAAGUCCAAGCGGAAGCUGACCCAGGCUUCCAAUUCGCGGAUCCAGGUUUAAAUUUCCCCGAGCAAAAUGAUCAAGAAGUCCAGGAAAUCCCAGCAAACAACCCCGUACCUGCCAACGAGCCCCCAAACGUCCCCGAGGAGCCAGUUCCUUGGAACCCGAACCAACUGGAUCACAAUUUUGCCCAGCAGCAAGAGCCAGUCGAGGCAGAACCGGUGCCCGCGGCUCUGGAGCCGCCUGUGGUCGUGAUAGACGACGACUCUGACGACACCCAGGACCCGGAACCCGACGAGGAGAUCGAGAUGGCCAAAAAAAAGCUCAAGCUGGACAUCAAAGUCGACAAACCCGUCGAGGAAGAUGAAGACAACGACGCGGGGCGACUCUGUCCAAUUUGUAUGGACUUCUGGAGCAACAGCGGCGACCAUCGGCUCUGCUCGCUUCGCUGCGGGCAUCUCUUCGGGUAUUCUUGCGUCCACAGGUGGCUGACGGUCGCUUGCACCUCCGGCAACCGUCGGUGUCCCCAAUGCAACAAGAAAGCCACGCAGAAAGACAUCAGGGUGAUCUACGCGACCAGUGUCUCGGUGAUAGACACCGUGGAGAUAGAUAUGCUGAAGAAGCAGCUCCUGGAGGUGAAUGCCGAGAAGAGUCGCGUCGAGCUGGAAUUAUCCAAUAGCCAGUUGAGAAUUCGCUCCUACCAAGACCAGAUCGGGAACCUGCAGAAGCGAAUCGCCGAGCUGGAGCGCCAGAAGUCGGACAUGUCGAUGCGGAUCAACGAGUCCGUCAGCUCGGUGGCCAAGAAGUUCCACCUGGACAACACGGUAGACAUUUGCAAGGAAGGAGGGUGCCGUGUCCUCGCGUACAACCCCUGGUACGGAUGUCUCGCGGUCUCCCAGCAGUCGCGCAGUGCCUUAUUCACCGGCUACGGGGUCAAGAAAGUACUGACAGACAAAUUCCAGACCAUGCCGCUGUUCAUGCUCCACACUCAGCAAAUCCGCGACAUCGCGUUCCACCCGGUCCAGCAGUCGCUGCUCCUGAGCAUCAGCUUUGACCGGACAGCCAAGCUGAUGGAUAUCCAGAACAACGUCACCGUCCACGGGUACCCGAUCGACUCUCAAGGCUGGAGUUGCUGCUGGUCCGGUGACAACCCCAAUAUUUUCCACGCGGGAACUCAGAAGGGCUCAAUCGUCCAGUUUGAUAUCCGACAGACUUCUGGAGCUGUCGAUACUAUUGAGAGUCCUGGAGACAGAUCCCCGGUGGUGUCUCUCGCUUCAGUUCCGCCCAACUCCUCCGGUGGGUUGAUUCGCGGCGGGUUCCUCGCGACUCGGCUCAACACCUGCUACGCGUACGAGCCGUGGAAUAAUGUCUACGUGCCCAAGCAGCUCUUCCUCGAGGGACCUUUCCUGUCGAUCAGGUAUGACGAGAAGAACCAUCACACUCUGGUCUCCUCCAGACCCAAUUCAAGACAGCCCCAGUCCAGGCACCUGGUGCUCUCCGUCGAGGCCGGAAACGACAACUCGGCUGUCUGUAAUGUUGUUCACACUUUCCUCGCGGGAAACUCCCAGAAGCUCAUGUCCAGGCCUUGUCAUAUUAACCUACAAGAUGACACCCUGGUCGCCGCCAACCAGGAAAACACCAAGAGCAUUCCUCUCUGGAGCAUUGGAACCGGAAAGCAGGUCCAUCAGAUUCAAGCUCAUGAUCCCGCGUUAGAUAUGGUCUCUUUUGCUACCAAUGAUAAAAUUUUUUUAGCUACCUUGUCGGAAAAGAAGCUUCGGCUUUAUAAUUAUGACUAGAUUGUUUUUUUUUUCUUCUUUUUUUAAUUGUUAUGAGAAAUUGGAUUUAUAUUGAGAUGAAUAAUGAUGAUGGUGUGAAUGAUGAUAAAUUUACCUGGCAUACACUUGUACAAAGACAUUUAAAUUUAAAAACUGUACAAAAUGCAUUACACUAUUAAAUUCAUUUAUUAAUUGCGUUAUUCAUUAUUUUUUAAUUAAUAAUCGAUAUUUUAAAAUUAUUUUUUACGAGUAGUAUAAUUUAUAGUUGUAAAUUUUUAUUUUAUAGGUUGCAAAAUUUUUUUUACUAGACUAAAUAUAAAAAUAUAUUUUUAAGCUGAUUAAAAUGUAAUUCUCGACGAAUAAACGUUUUUUUUAAAAAAGACAA